CGGCGGCCCCCUCGCCGCCGCUCCCCGAGCCCCCCGGGCCCCCCGGACCCCCGGCGGCGAUGGCGGCGCGGCCGGUGCGCGUGCUGGUGGACAUGGACGGCGUGCUGGCCGAUUUCGAGGCCGGCCUCCUGCGGGGCUUCCGGCGCCGCUUCCCCGGGGAGCCGCACGUGCCGCUGGCGCAGCGCCGCGGCUUCCUCGCCCGCGAGCAGUACCGAGCCCUGCGGCCCGACCUGGCGGACAAAGUGGCCAGUGUGUAUGAAGCGCCAGGCUUCUUCCUAGACUUGGAGCCCAUCCCCGGGGCCUUGGAGGCCUUGCGGGAGAUGAACGACAUGCCAGACACCGAGGUCUUCAUCUGCACCAGCCCUUUGCUGAAGUACGACCACUGCGUGGGCGAGAAGUACCACUGGGUGGAGCGGAACCUGGGGCCCCAGUUUGUGGAGCGCAUUAUCCUGACAAGGGACAAGACCAUGGUCUUGGGGGACCUGCUCAUUGACGACAAGGACACCAUUCAAGGUCUAGAGGAGACCCCAAGCUGGGAACACAUCUUGUUCACCUGCUGCCACAACCAGCACCUGGUCCUGCCUCCCACGAGGCGGCGGCUGCUCUCCUGGAGUGACGACUGGAGGGCGACCAUAGACAGCAAGCGGGAAGCCAGGCAGAGGGAAUGAUGGGACCUAUGGUGGACAAGGCUGAAGGAAGGGACACGGGACAGAAGGGAGCCCCCAGGAGGCCAGGUGACCUCUGGCAUAGAAGAGACACUGUAACCUCUGUCUGCACAGGCCCAGCCAACUGGCACCUCCAGUGUUGGCUGCACCAGAGCAUGGUUGGCAUGGAAGGCAGUGGGAAAAUCAGUCA